AUGACAGGUAGUUGAUGUCUCGACCAGAGUCUCGACAUUCCGCAACGAAGGAAAAAUCGCUUCACAUCUUGCUCUCCCUCACCCUCCUCCCACUCCCUGCUCGUCUUCAAGACUUACCACCGGUUUACCACCGGUACUAGUGACCGGCCCCCACUGCCCCGUAACCCAUCACGCCCAGGGCCUUCACAGUGAGUUGGCCACAGUGAGUCGGCCCAUAAUGGACCGAGCUUGGCCUUGUUUUGACUCGUAUGACUGACGCCACUGGCCCACGCCCGAACUGGGGCCGUUGCAGUGACCGCCGCGGACACUACUAGUAGCUCGACACCGGACCGAGCGCGCCCGAGCGCCGCCGCGUCGUCCGCCGCGACUGAGCAAGUUCGGAGGAGCGCGCGCCUCGCUGAAAAGAACGCGACGCGCGUGGCACACGGCGCCGACUCGCCCGCUCAGGCUCUUGCCUCGACCUCGACCUCGACCUCGACCUCGAGCUCAAGGUCAAGGUCAAACGCAACCCCCAACGCGUACGACCUUGCCGAGGUGAGGGACGUACUACCUCCCUUGGUAUCGUCGAGCAACUCGACCCCAUUACGACCGCGCCGGCAGCCGGCCUCGAACGAGCGAGCAUCGGACAGAGCCGAGAGGAUUUCCAAGGCGGUGCAGAUGCACCAGAAACACUGUCCGGCCCUCGAGGCCUACUUCUUCGGCCAUCCGACCGCUGAGGAGCUCGCCAACAAGAUCUGGCCCAAGGACUCCAAGAUUGGCACCGAAGAAGCGCUGGGCGAGGUCAUAGCAGGUGUCAUCAACAAGGUAAGUCGACGCCUGGCCUACUCGAUGGUGUGUGAAUAAUUCCUUCGAGAGCUGACUCGCCUUCCCAUUGCCGUUUGUCUUACUGUUGGACCUCUAGACUGGAGACCGGCGAUUGGUCGCCUGCAGCAACUCACCCUAUUACAUCAGCGUCGCACGUGACCGCGUGGAGACGACCGAGAAGACGGCCGAUGUUGUGCUGUUGACCCACGCUGCGGUCGCGCACGAUCCAACCCUCCCGAAUGUAUGGGCCCUUCCCAGUCACGCCGAUCCGCAAGCCAAGAAACCCGACGCCGAUGCGGGCCCCGACACCAACGUGAAUUUCAACGCGAACGAAAACGGCAAGGGCCAGCAUCACAACGAGGACAACAACGCAGAAGAAGACAGCACGAACAAGGCCAAGGCCAAGGACAAGGCCAAGGACAAGGUGGACCUGAACCAGGCCAAACGCUCCUUUACGCAAGUGGCCGCCGUCGGCGAGACCAAAGCCGGCAACUCUAACGCCGAGAGCCAGUUGUUCCGACGGUUGUCGGCACUCCUCGCGACGCCGAUUCGCGAACAUGCGAUCGGGUUCACCCUUCGCGGCGAACGUCUCAAGAUAUACGUGAUGUCUGCUUGCGGCGUGUUCUCUACCAAAUCUAGAACAGUCACCGAAGGGAAUGGAGAGCUUUCGACGUUCUUGUACCGUCUCGUCCAACACAGCGAUCGGCUCAACGGCGUUCUCGCCACCACGACCUCGCUCGACGACCGCUACGGCCCUUUCACGCUCUGCCCCGACUUCUUUCCGCCGGCGGCCUCAGAGUUCAGCUGGGGAGCAACGACGAUGUCCAACGCCAACAUCAAGAAGCUUCUGUUCCGUCGGCAAAGAGAGUGCGGUCGCGCGACGUCGACGUACGAGAUCACCACUGGCGAGGGCACCAGCUGCAAGACCCGCGCCAUGACGAUCAUUUGGGUCGAGGAGUCGCGCAACUCGGACUUGGUCGAGAUCCGAAACGUGAUCCAAGACAAGAGACCUCGAGGGCUCGCUCCGCUGGUCGGCGUCUUUCGCGCCGAAUACAGGACCCUCCCCGGGUUCCUACCCGGCGACGAAUCCCUCGACGGUAUCACCGCGCGGGCCAAGGAGGUCGUCAUUCAUGAAGAAUGCUACAACCCACUCGCCACGCUCGAACACACCAAGCAGCUCGCGCGCGCUCUCGAGGGUGCGAUUGAGGGUGAGUGCUCAUGAUCAGAGCAGAGCGGGACAGCGCGCUGAAGGGUGUGCCAACACUGACGACCCUUUGCCUUGCGUGACAGGGCAUCGCCAGCUUUGGAACUACGGCUUCAUUCACCGUGACGUGUCCUAUGGCAACGUCAUGGUCGACCGGCACGGCGAUGGAAUCCUCAUUGAUUACAAUCUGGCGGUAAAGAAGGCUCGAACGGCGGAAGAAGAGUGUCGCCUCAGCCGCUCGGUACGUUCUCUCGUCCGUGCUAGCCCUCGACACGUUCUUGGUCUCACCCAACUCCUUUCCACCCUUCCCCUGUACCAUGAUCAACCACAGGGCACGCUUCCCUACAUCUCCCGACUCCUGCUCGUACCCGAAACCGAGAGUGUGGUGCAUGAGCGAUGGCACGACAUAGAGUCCUUUUUCUACGUGGCGUCCCGCACGGCUUUUCAAUCUGAACCUUCCGACGCGACCCUUUUCGAAAAGUCGGACGCUGCAGAUAUUUGGAACGCGUGGAACGCCCAAAAGCUCAACAAUGCAGCAAGCAGGAAAAAUGGGCUGUCUACGAGAUCCGGCUUCAGGGAGCUCCUGAACGCAUGCGCAUCUCGUUGGUCUGGCGCGGAGAAGGUUCUGAGUGUCCUGCAGCAAAAUUGCUCGCUGGAAUUUUCUUUUUCGGGCCUGGAAGACUUCGAGACUGAGCCAGAACUUGCGUCGCGUUGGAACUCCGGUCAGAUGUCGUAUGAACAUGUCCAGGCGGCUUUCAAGACACUUUGCGAGUAG